AUGCCAGCCUCUGAAAUCUAUUUCCAAGGAGGAAUUCAGUUCGCUGGAAGCUCGGGUGCAGGAAGCCUGUUUGAUUUUGCAGCAGCUUCAGCUUCAGUUUUAAAUGAUCUAUCUUCUGUAAAUGUCUUGGUGGAGCAAGAAGCUAGAGAAAAGGCCGAAGAGAGUUUUUCCAGACAGAGGACUCGGAUUAAAUGGUUGGGUGAUAGGGAUUUGGAUACCCGGUUCUAUCAUAUGGUUACAACAGCUAGAAAUGCUUCCAAUGCUAUAAAGUAUCUUAUUCAAGCAGAUGGAACCAAAACCUCUUCUUUUCAGCAGAAGCUUUCCAUCUAUGACUGCAAUCCUCUUAUAUCAAAGAUCAGAAUGAAGUUAAAUGGGUGGACGUAUAAACAUUUAAGUCUUGCUGGUCGGUUAAGGCUAAUAUCCACAAGCAUAUCAGGAAUUAUUGGUUUUUGGACCCAAGCUUUCUUCUUACGAAAGACGCAUGGGCUGAUCUUGCUUACCCAAAGGAUGAUGGCGGUCUGGGUUUACGAUGGCGGGUUCUAUUUGGGGGGCAUGGAUGAGACAUUGUUAUAUGUCUCGUCACUGUUUCUGACUCCCUUUGGCUCUUUGAUUCAUUACUUAGGUCCUCAAGGUUCGUCGAGUAUGGGAAUCCCGAUCAACGCCCUAGUUAAUGAGUUCAUUUCCUCUGAUGGGUGGUCUCUUCCUCCGGCUCGAUCUGAUUGCCAGGUUAAUGUUUGGGCCUACAUCUGCUCCCUCAAUAAGAGUGUGGAAACAGACUAUCCUGUUUGGCAUGUUGGCGAUGCGAUUUUUCUUUCCUUCGUCUCAAAGGAAAUAUGGGAAAAAAUCUGCACCGUCAAGCCGGUAAUGUCAUGGAGUUCUCUUAUCUGGCACAAAGUGGCUAUCCCAAAGCAUGCAACAACGACUUGGGUCGUUCAUCUUGAUAGGAAUCCAACUCUAAACCGUCUUUUGUUGUGGGGUUUAGACGACCUUUGGAUUGGAAUAAUGCAUAAGCUGCACUUCACAAAAUUUCUCAUGUCAUGGGUGGAAAUUAUAGUUUGGCUUCCGACUACCUCUUCCUCAUCCGACAGAUCUCUAGCAAUGCUCCAAGGAUGGCAGGCCUGCAUCUGUGAGAUUUGGCGUGAGAGAAAUCGGAGGUUCCACGAUGGUAUUACUCUUCCACCUCAAUUAGUUCUUCACAUGAUUGUAACUGUGAUAAAAAACAAAACUAUGGCGUUGGAAAACAUGGGCUUUAGUAAAGGUGACUCCCUCGGCAGAAUCUGGUCUUCAGAAAGCCAUGGCACAUUAAGUCACUUUCAAUAUCAACUCUGCACUUGUAUUUGA